CUUCAAUCUCCUGUCAGCCUCUUUGAGCCAACAAGGUCGAGAAAAGCUUUUUGAAUUGUCUCUCUUGUCACGAGCCUGUCCGAAGCAGGCUGCUGUGAGAUUCUGGUCAGAGGUUGAAAGUGAACCCGAUCGCGGUUACAGUUUUGAGUUCGCGAUCUUCAUUCGGAGUCCUCCCCGGAUACACAGCAGCCGCCAUGUCAGAGGAGACGCAGAGUCUGACCGGGACGGUCGGCCUGGCCACAAAGACAGGCGGGUGGAUAAAGAAGGACGAAGUCAAGCAGGCCGUCUCCAGCUAUGAGAACUACCACGAGAGCUUUGGAGGCAGCGACAACUCUCGCAAGUCCAACUACACCGACAUGGUGAACAAGUACUACGAUCUGGUAACCAGCUUCUACGAAUACGGCUGGGGAGAGUCGUUCCACUUCGCCCACAGGCUGAGGGGCGAGACCCUACGGGAGAGCAUCAAGCGCCACGAGCACUUCCUGGCUCUUCGCCUCGGGCUUCGCCCCGGCAUGAAGGUGCUGGAUGUCGGUUGUGGCAUCGGCGGGCCGUUGAGAGAAAUCGCCAUCUUCAGUGGCGCCACAGUGACGGGGCUCAACAACAACGAGUACCAGAUCUCUCGUGGCAAGGUGCUGAACCGCCGCCACCGCUGCCUGGAGGCGUGCGGGUUCAUCAAGGCGGACUUCAUGAGCAUCCCCGUGCCCGACGCGUCCUUUGAUGCUGUCUACGCCAUCGAAGCCACGUGCCACGCGCCUGACGCUGUGGGGUGCUACAGCGAGGUGAAGCGAGUGCUGAAGCCGGGGCAGUGCUUUGCGGCGUACGAGUGGUGCCUCACAGACGCCUACGACCCCACCAACGCACAGCACCAGGAGGUCAAGAGGGAGGUGGAGCUUGGCAACGGGCUGCCUGACAUCCGCACCACGGCGCAGAUCCGCCAGGCGCUCAUAGAUGCAGGCUUCGAGAUCCUGGAGGCGGCAGACCUGACGGAGACGGCAGAGGUGGCCUGGCACAAGCCCCUGGACCCCAGCUACUUCUCGCUCUCGCAGUUCAAACUCACUCGAGUCGGCCGCUUCCUCACCACCACCUUGGUGCAAGUGCUGGAGAGGCUACACAUAGCGCCAGCUGGCAGCUACCGUGUGCAGAAGUUCCUCGAGAGGGGGGCCGACGCGCUAGUGGAGGGCGGCAAGAGGGAGAUCUUCACGCCCAUGUAUUUCUUCCUUGCUCGCAAACCAUUGUAGCCCUGUGGGGUUCUCCGUGUGAAACAAUGCUCAAUAAAGCGUGAAAAUUGUGAUGCCUUUGAAAUAUCUUUGUUUUUUCGCCGAAGUACAAUGUUAUUUUGCCUGCUAGUCAACCACUUCAUAAAUUGUGUAGCCAAUA